AAACACUGGCGACUGGCAGCACUACUCUACUGCACAGCUGUUGCCAAUGUUUUCAUUGUUUGGCUUCGGCGUAGUUUUUAAUUUGCUGAUAAAAGAGGCGUCGACAAAAUGGCUCUGGUAGAUCAUGACUCAUGGGACAUCGAGUACGAGGGCUGCGAGAGACUGCGCCACCAGCUGCUGGUGCAACUGCAUCAGCGCCAGCAACUGGGGCAGCAGCCCAAGGAGAAGGAGUACAUCCGACUAACAGACAGCAUCAAAGCAGGGCUGGACCAGUUGGGCAAAGAUGUGAAGCAUCUGAAGGUAGUACUAGAAAAUGCCGUCACCUGGGAAACCAGCCCAGAGGAGGAGCUGCAGCAGCGGCGCAUCGAUUGGGAUAAGCUAACCUCGCAGCUGCGCGAGAUUAAUCAGAAGUUUACGAACAGCUCGCGCUCCAAUGUGCUGGCCGCUUCUUCAGGCUCUGCCUGGCAGGAGCAGGGCAGCCCGCCCACUCCUCGAGAAACACCCAUCGAUGUGGAGACGUUGAAACUAAGGCAGGCGGAAAUGCUGGAAAAUCAGAAUCGAGGCCUCGAUGCGCUCUCGGCCACUAUUUCCCGACAGCGCAACCUAGCGACCCAGCUGGGCAACGAAGUCGAAGAUCAGAACAAUAUUCUCGAUAACCUGGCCAAUGCAAUGGAUCGCGUCGAGACGGGUGUGCAACAGGAGACGCACAGCAUUGGACAAGUUAAUCGACGGGACAGCACUUGGGGCUACUGGCUCGUCAUCAUAGCCCUGUUUGUUGCCAUUCUGGUGGUGGUGUUUGUGUAGUAGCCCAAUUCCCCCCUAUUGUUAAACGUAUUCUAUGUUAUAUUAUAUCGAGUUUUUUGCAUGUUUCGAGAGAUGCACUCCAAAAAUCCCUUCGGUGUGCAAAGGAUUCCAGUAGGAGUAUUUAUACAAACAUUAAAGA